GUUCCAGAUUGCCUUUUCCUGUUCUGAUGCAGCUUUCCUGAAGGUGGCUCACUGCUGUCUGAAAUCUCACCAGUGAUCUCGCUGUGUACAGUGACAUUAGUGCUUAAUGGAACACCUGCAGGAUCCAGUUGUGCAAGAAGAUGCAAAUAUUAAAGCUAUUAAUGAAGAGUACAGAAAAGCCUUUAUUUGUAUCAACAAAGGACUGAAUACAGAUGAAUAUGGUCAGAAGGAAGAGGCAAGGAGUUAUUAUAAGCAAGGGCUUGACCACUUGCUCCGGGGGAUUAGCAUUCCAUCGCAGGGUCCUGCAUGUGUAGGGUCCCAGUGGGAGUCUGCUAGGCGAAUGCAACAGAAGAUGAGGGAGACCCUCCAAAACGUUCAUGCUCGACUUGGCAUUCUAGAACAAAACAACCCACCUUUACAAGCAAGUCCUGCUGCAAUGGAUGCCCCUGCUGGGGUGUCCAAGUUGUACCCAUCCAUUCCUUCCAAAAUAAAACCAGAAAGACCCCCUCCCCCUAAUUCUGUGUUUGCACCAAGUCAGCCACCUGCAGCAGAUGGAAGUGUUGCAACUGUCAGCCAGGGGCAAACACCAGCUAUGAGUCCAUCAUCUGCAAAACCUCUUUGUCUGCCAAAUGAAGCACCUCCUGCCUAUACUCCUCAAGCUACCAAUGGCCAUUUUACUGUGUCUUAUGGCACGGACUCUGGGGAGUUUUCUUCUGUAGGUGAGGACUACUACAGUAAGUGUAAUCGCCCACCUCCCAUUGAAAAUCUGGGAGUGGAUGCAGAUGAGUUGAUCCUAAUUCCCCAAGGAGUACAGAUAUUCUUUGUGACUCCUGAUGGGCAGGUUAGUGCUCCUUCAUAUCCUGGAUAUCUACGCAUUGUUAAGUUCUUGGAUACAGAUAGUGCGGCAGUCCAAAGUCGUCCACCUGCAUUUCUUCAGGUUUGUGACUGGUUGUAUCCUCUGAUGUGUAACCAGUCUCCUGUUCUUUGCUGCAAUACUGGGGUCUACAUGUUCCCUGACACGAUGUCCCAGAUACCUGGGUCCUAUGUGGGAGUGGUGCUGUCUUCAGAACUUCCAGCAGCUGACAGAGAGUUGUUUGAGGAUCUUUUAAAACAGAUGUCUGACCUUAGAAUCCAGGUGCCAGGAUCCCAUGAGAGAGUAGGGUUAUCUUCAGAGCUCCCAGCAAGUGAGAGAGCACAUUUUGAAGAUAAAUUUAAACAGAUGUCUGGCCACAAAGUCCAGCCUUCAGAAGCUUCUGGUGAUACAGUUAACUUGCCUCAGACUGUACAUAUCCCGCCACAACCUGAAGGAGCGGAAGAGCAGAAAGAGCUGCCAGAAUGGAGUGAGAAAGUUGCCCAUGGAAUCUUAUCAGGUGCAUCUUGGGUAAGCUGGGGCCUAGUAAAAGGAGCAGAAUAUACUGGUAAAGCUAUCCACAAAGGAGCUUCUAAACUGCGUGAACACAUUCAACCAGAAGAAAAACCGCUGGAAGUCAGCCCAACUGUUGCAAAGGGGCUUCAUGUAGCAAAACAGGCUACAGGAGGAGCUGUGAAAGUCAGCCAGUUCUUGGUUGAGGGAGUGUGUUCGAUAGCAAGCUGUGUCGGAAAGGAGCUGGCUCCACAUGUGAAGAAACAUGGCAGCAAAUUAGUUCCAGAAUCCCUUAAGAAAGAUAAAGAUGGCAAAUCCACUUUUGAUGGUGCUCUGGUGGUAGCAGCAAGUGGAGUUCAAGGGUUUUCAACAGUGUGGCAAGGUUUAGAAAGUGCAGCUAAGUGCAUUGCAAAAAGUGUUUCAACGGAGACUGUAAAAACUGUCAAAUACAAGUAUGGAGAAGAUGCGGGCCAUGCUACAGACAAUGCUAUGAAUUCUGCAAUCAAUCUUGGUGUGACAGCAUUUAACAUUGACAAUAUUGGCAUCAAAGCUGUUGUCAAGAGAACUGCAAAGGAAACUGGCCAUGCUGUGUUGGAUGAAUAUAAAGUAUUGGAUAAUGAGAAGAAAGAUAAAAAAUGAAAGCAAUGAAAUAUUUCUUGAAGCCUUGUAUUAGAGAUUAAACUCCCUAUUCAAAAGUAACCACACUGUUAAUCUGUGAUUUAACACAAAUCACACUUUACUUUUCAAGCAACUGUUGCUUAAUUUGAUAGGAAAAUGUAAAAGCAGGGAAGGCAUUCAUUCACAGAAGGAAAAAUGGAAGUUGUCUUAACUCCUUGUUCUGUAUUGAACGAUGGUUUUAAACAACUGGAUCAGGGCUUUAGGCGACUGGAAGAAUAUGAGUUUGCAGUUAAACUUGCCUGUGAAAGCACUUUUUCAAAAUAUAAUAUGGAAUAAUAGAUUAAUGUAGAAAGACUAUUGUGAAUAUUUUUGUAAUGCUUCAUAUUUCUAAAGAAGGUGGCAAUACAGAAUAGGAUUACUAGUUUUAUUUUUUAACUAACCUUAUUGGUUUGACUAAAUCAGCUUUGUCUUAUUUAAUAUGCACUACUGAAAUAAGCUUUGUGUUUCAUUGUUUUGUAGAUAAUUUUCCUUUCCAGCUACCAAACAGCUAAUCUUAUCCAAAGUCCAUGUUAGAAGAAAUGGUAGAUGAACCUCAGGUAACUAGGUAUUUAUUCCCUUUAAACCUGUUUUGUUUCCAUCCAGCAUAUAAGCAAACCAAAGAUUUCAAGUAUUUCUUCUAAAAGAGAGUAUUUACAACUCCAGAACAAUGUAUUCUCCCGUUGACUCCAUCAGGAAUAUACAAAGAUUCUUUAAAAUCGAGUUUUUUACAUAGAGAGGUUAAGUAUGUUUUUGUAUAAAUUGAGGUAUUUUUCUGUGAAAACAGUCUGUAGAGGACACUGAGAACUUCCAUACAUUCUGUGCAACCAACAGCCAACCAGAAAGAUACAGAGUAUAAAUGAAGGCCUCCUAGUGGAAGAGUUAUAUAUUUGUUUCAACAAGCAGUUCUAACAGUCAGCAUCUUUAUUCCAUUAAAUUUGCAGUUGCACAAGGUAUGUCUUUAAAAGGUACGAAGAGAAGCCCUUUUAAUGGAGAGGUGUGUGGAAUAGAAUAGACACUCCUGUCUAGGUUUUUCGUCCUAUUCCUAGUGCAGUGUGAAAUAUCUCCAUAUGUAGAACCUUUGAUGUGUUUUUAUACUGCUACUUAUUUAACAGUUCAUUAUUGAGUUUUAAGGCUGCUAUGCAUUCUAACAUUGGCUGGACCUGCAGCAAACGGAACACUAUCAAUUUGCAACUUAUCAAUUUAACGAAAAUUAAAGUAUAAUUUGCUAGGAACUACUUAUGGUUACUCGCAUCAGAUUGAAAAGAUACUGCAACAACUAAUGUGCAUUAGAAUGGUAAUAGGUACACAUUCUGUGGUAGCUACUGCAGAGGUUUACUGAGGAUGAGAAAUGUGAAACAAAGGAUCUAACCACUUGAAGUGUAACUUUGAUUUAUGGAAAUAAAGAUGAACUUAAAAUUGGUUAAUCUGUGCUUGGCCUUUUUAUGACGUGAAACUACUAUGCAGAUCAGUGAAUUGAAAGAUGGGGAAUUCUGUGGUAAUAAGAAUAUUGGGGUAUGACUGUGAUAGAAACAAGCUCAUCAGUUAGAGCUUAAAAUAUUUCAGACUAAAAGUGUCCAUCGGUGGUACACUACAACAAUUUCUGUUAGUACAGUCUGUCAGUUGCCAGCAAGUAUAACCAAUUUAAAGCUCCUAAGUACUUCACAGUUGCAAAAGCAUUUUUGUUGUUAUGAACUGCGUUUACAAUAGAGAUGUAUGUACUUGAAUUUUCCAUCUCCCAUUUUCAUUUUGCAUGUAGCUCAUGCCCUUUAAUUUAAUCUACAAACCAUCAGAACAAGAAGUUGUAUUAAAACAAUAGUUUAAGAUCUUAGUGUUGCAUUCUUCAACAGUCCAAAAUUGUAAUUUAUUCAGAGUCUUUUCUGCUACAAUAUUGUUCUCAAAUCUUAUCUUGAGAAGAUUACUUUUAAUGACCUCUAAGUCAUUCUAAGCUAUUGCCAUUUCUGGCAUCUUUGUCAUCCCAUAGGUAGAAAUCACUAUUCUUACCUUGGGUCUAAACCCCUUUAUUUGAGUGGAUUCCUCUAGAUUCCAAGGGCUGAGUGGUUGGUUUGUUUAAUGCUGAUUUAAAACCAUUUUAGGAUAGCCUAUUUCUUAAUAUUCCCUUACAAACUAAAUCUGUAAUAAUUUAAAAAAAGAAUUGGUAAAACCACCUUCCACUAAAACAUUAACUGUCUCAUCACAGAAUGAUGUAUAUUGGAAGGACCUCCAGAGAUCUCACAUUACAGAGGUCCGUAGUCCGCCCUCCUCAAAAUAGAUCCAAACAGAGCAAAGUACUCUGUGACAAUUCUGCUCAUGUUUUAUCUCCAAGGACUUCACAGCCUCUGUGGGUAACCUUUGCCAAGCUUGACUCUGGUAAAUAUUUCUCCCUUACACUAGGCCAAAAUUCUUUAUGUGCACUGGGGUGCAAUUGCUGCUUAUCAUCCACAGCACACACUGGAGAAGAGUCCAGAUUCUCUGUCCUCUCUACACCCUCCCCUCGAGUAGCUGUAGACAGCACUAACAUCGCGUUAUGACUUCUGUUCUCCAAGCCAUGCAUGCCAGCCCUUGACCAGCUUCACAGGCCUUAGGAUUUGGGAGCCCAAAGCAAAAAGCACUCCAGGAUAUGGUCCUCCGCAAGUGCUGAACGGAGUGUAAGAAUCACCUCUGUCAACCUCCUGGCUACCCUCUUACUAACGCAGCCCAGAAGGCUGUUGGCCUUGUUUGCUGCGAAGUGCGUUGCUAGGUUAUAGUCAGUUUGUUCACUAGGGAGGCCUGUGUCUUUUCCUGUGAAGCUGCAUUGUAGUUACUGCCCCCAGCCUGCACAGGCUUUUCCCAUCCCAAAUAUCUGACUUCAGGUUUGCUAUUUUUUGAACAUUGUCAGGGUCCUCUCAGCAGCCUGUUUCUCCAGGCUGUCCAGCCCACUUUGAAUGGUAACCCCACCCUCCUGCAGAGUGACUGCUCCCCUCUAUCCCUCAGCAGCAGCAAACUUCCUGAGAGUGUGCUCGGUCUUCCAGGUCAUUAGUAAAGAAUUAAGCAUAUUGGCUCAGGUAUUGAUCACAGAUUCUCAAGCAGUCAUACUGUUGAUCUCAACACCUUAAGCCUGAUGGCCCAGCCUAUAUUCCAGCGACCUUGCUCCCCAGUUAUUCAACAUGUAGCUCACCAAUUUGGCUAUAAAGUUACUAUGGGAGAUUAUAUCAAAGUCCUUGGUAAAAUCAAAAUAUACAACAAUCACCAGUUUUCUGUUGUCUACACAGCCAGUCAUCUCAUCAUACCCUGGUUACCUGGUGACUGCUUCUUUGUAAAAAUGAAUUUAUGUCAUAAUCCAAAUGUUUGUCUGCAGCAACUGGACUACUUUGGUUUACAGUUCUCGCAUUUUAUUGCCUUCAUGGAAUCUGAAGAUAGAUAUUUAAGUAUAACAUUGUUUUCAAACCACAUUGUGUUGUGAUCACA